AUGCACGGCCUCCCCUGUGCCUCUCUGGGCAGCUGUUUUGAUGACCCCAGUGUGGAAGAACAACCUGACGCUACUGUCCCAGACUCUCCAGCUGAACCCACAGAACCUGCAAUCGUCUCCCAACCCAAACCCGUGGAGUCCCCAAAGCACCAGGAGCCCCGCAAUGGGACCGACUGCAAUGGGAACGGACAGGUCCAGGAAGGCCGCCUCUCGGAACCAAACCAUGACGCAGAGUCGGAGUGGUCCGUGUCUCUGUCAGUGCACUCAGAGGAAGAAGAGUCAGAGCAACACUCCGAUGAAGAACCGAGCUACCCGCAGAUCCCCAGGCCGUCCAUCAUCAGGUCCACAGAGGGGGAGGACGCAGACCUGCAGGAGGUGUGGGGGCCCUGGUGGGAGCGCUCAGACUCAGGGGAAACGGAGGAUCCAGCAGACCGAUCGCGAUGGAGGCGAAAAAAUCGCAUCAAACGCCAGGCGUUUUUCGCUUGA